ACACUAACCAGGCGGAACUGGUUUAGUUCAAAACCAUUUUUAUAACGUCUUUUUCCAAGUGCUUAGCGUUGCCAGCAUUAGACCUGUUGCCAUGGUGACAGACAUUUUAAAACAUUUUAAACAAUGAAGACUGAGUGGCACAGUAGGCUUCUGUUGCAGUCCGUUUGGAGAGACGUAAUGCAAGUAAGUACAAAGAAACUGACUUAAAAUGGACUCUGAUGUCGAGAAGAUGAGAAAGUCUGUGCACAAGUGUAAACUUGAUGGCAUUCAAGACACCCAGCAGGACAUAAACGGAGCAAUUCCUGAUCAUUUGGACUCCCUUCAGCCAGAAACCACCAACAGUGAAAUGCAGUCAGAUGAUAAAGAGCUUUUUAGACAGUGGAAGAAAGGACGACAGCUCCCAUCUACUAAAUCACAGCGUGCUGCAGGGGACGCUAGUCUUGAAAACAGGGUUUUCAAAAUCCGCCAGGGUUUACUUCAAAAAUCGAAUGGAAAUGUCACUCAAGAUUUGAAUGAGCAGGCAAUUGAGUCCUUGCACAGAAUUCUAGCAGGAGCAGAUCUGAUAAGGAAGGAAGAGGCUACGAUGAGCAUCCUUAAGUCGAAAUAUGAUUUUCAGAUGGAUCAUAAAUCUGUACAUCUGCCCUUUGGUUACCUGGUUAGAUCCAAUUCAACAAGGUCUGUUGAAUGCUCCUCAAAUCCACCCAAAGUUAUUUUAAAAGAAAUGUCAAAGGGCAGAGAAAAAGGCAGAGCAGACAAAAGUUCAUCAUUCAAGGGUAAACAUUUCGACUUCUUCGAAGUUGUGAAGGAACAACUCCAACAGAAGGAUUUGGAAAAUCAACAAGUUGUCCGUAUGUUUUUGGUGAAGCAACAAGAACUUAAAGAUAUGAAAGAAAUGUUAAAGCGUAAUGACAAAGAAACCCAACUUCUAGCUGAAAAGCUGAAAUGCGAAGAGCAGAAAAAGACAGAGGUCACCACCAGGUUCGACCACAUUUGUGAAGACAUGAAGAAGGAACUUGAUGAAGCUAAGAGUAACAACAAAACCUCAAUGAAGCAGCUGAAGGCACUGAUGGAAAAAUACGAGCGCCUCAAAACACGUGCCAAGACAUUGAAGGACCAACUCAGCGAGGAGCUCGUCGAGAAAAAGAACUGUCAGAAAUCCUUAAAGAAGCUUCAGCAGAUGUCUCAAGAGCUGCUAACCAAGCAGAAACUUUUAGAGGAGCAAAGGGAUGUAGCAGGACGAGAUCUUGCCUUGUGUAAUGAGACCCUGCAGAUGAUGGACGCCGAGCACAAGAAGAACAUCAGCGUCAUUCAGAGACUUGAGGAGGAGGUGUCAGCCUUGAGAAGAGAAUCUGCAAACUUCAGAGAUCAUUUACGCAAAGCUCAGGAGAAGAACAAGGAGCUCAUUCAGUCAAGCCGCUCUAGAGAGUCUGACCACGAGAAGAAUGUUAAACAGCUUCAGGACAGGAUUGAAAAUCUGAACGUUGAAUUGGAGAAGUGCCAAACUGAACGAGACGUGACGCAUCAGCAGAUGGAGACUAUGAAAUAUGAAUCGAAGUUGAUUCACAACAAGCAGAGAGUCGAGAUACUUCAACUGCACGAGCAGCAAAAAGCCUAUCUGCAGCAAAAUGAAGCUUUGAGAAGAGAGGCUGAGAGUUUGAUGGAGAUGGUCAACAAACUUAAGACAGACAAGCAAGUCCUGGCGGAGAAUAUGGAGGCGAUUCAUAAAGAUAAGAUGGUGUCGGAGAUGGCAAGCACCAAGGAAGGAGAACGACUCAAAGAGGCCAUUGGUUUGCUGGAGCGAGAGAGAGAAGUGCUGUUAGCAGAGAUGGAAGACUUGCGUAAGGAUUACCUUGGGAUCAGUGACAGGAUCACGCUGAAAAUGGGCCACAUUGAUGCAGCUGAUCCUCCGAUGACCAUGACUGACAUCACUACAAGUCGUCAACGAAAUGCACUUAAGUUCUCUCCAACUGAUGAUGUGAUUCAAGAUAUAAGAAGAAAACUGGAAGAGGAGAUUCAGCAAAAAUGAUUUUUUUUUUUUAAGAACAUUUCAGGCACUUGUCAUUUGUUAAGACAAAGUCCCUUUCUAAGGCACUCAAUGAAAUACCCAUAAUACACAAACAAACAAUAAAAAAAGACUUGUGGUUCAUUCUUAGUAGUUCCUACAUGGAAUAGGUAAUCUGGUUGGUUUGGUUAUUGAUGAUUUGACAUGAUCCAGGAUUGUUUCGUUCUUCAAAACUCCUUUGAGAGUUGUUGUCAUAACCUGCUUGGGAGCAGGUUUAUUUCAUAUAAAUAGGAUUGGAUUGGAUAAUUUCAAGCAAAGGUGAUACUGAAAGUGUGUAGCAAAUGCUGAUUUGCUUACAGUAGUAACCUACAGGUUCUAAACACGGAUAGAAUAGUUAAAACGUAUAAAUAUAUACUUAUAAAUAAAGCUGUUAUGCAAUCUACACUCUCAAAUAAAAGUACAAACACUGU